GACUCCCAGCCGUCUCCUCUUGCCCUCCUGGCAGCGACAUGCAGCAAAAUCGGGCCCCCUGCCGUGGAAGCCGCCGUGACGCCUCCCGCCCCUCCUCAGCCAACGCCUCGCAAACUGGUCCCCAUCAAACCUGCUCCACUCCCUCUGGGCUCCGGUAAGAACAGCUUUGGGAUCCUCUCGGCGAAAGGGAACCUCUUCCAGAUCCAGGGCUCUCAGGUCGGCACCUCCUACCCCGGGGGGCAGCUGGUUUUUGCCAUUCAGAACCCAACUGUCAUCAACAAGGGCUCCCGCUCGUCCGCCAACAUCCAGUACCAGGCGGUGCCCCAGAUCCAGGCCACGGGGGGACAGACCAUCCAGGUCCAGCCCAACCUCACCAACCAGAUCCAGAUUAUUCCAGGCACGAAUCAAGCCAUCCUCACCCCUUCCUCUUCCUCUCACAAGCCCGUGCCCAUCAAACCGGCUCCGGCGCAGAAGGGUGGAGCUUCGCCAGCGCAGGGCACGAGGAACGUGGUCAAGUUAGCCCGUGGCAGCAACGUGACUCUCACCCUGCCCGUGAACAACCUGAUGAGCGCCGCCGAGCCGGGCACGCAGGCUCAGAUCCUCACCGAGAGCCCCUCGAAGCCCACCAAAAAGAUUCGGAAGAAAACCAUGUCACCCACCCAGCCCACCGCGGUGGCCGUGGCCGAGCAGGUGGAGACGGUGUUGAUCGAGACGACGGCUGAGAACAUCAUCCAGGCGGGCAGCAACCUGCUCAUCGUGCAGAGCCCGGGCUCCGGCCAGGCGGCCGUGGUGCAGCAGGUGCAGGUGGUGCAGCCCAAGCCGGAGUCGCAGGUGGUGCAGAUCCCGCAGCAGGCCCUGCGCGUGGUCCAGGCCGCUUCUGCCACGCUCCCCACCGUCCCCCAGAAAUCCUCCCAGAACUUCCAGAUCCAGACGACAGAACCCACUCCUACCCAGUUCUUCUUCAAAACGCCGUCGGGUGAGCUGCAGACUGUGCUGCUCCAGGAAGGCUCGGCCAUGACGGUGGCUCCGUCUGGGACCUCUUGCAGCAGCCUGGUGUCCCGCAGCUCCGGCCCGGGGGUCGGCAGCAAGAAAGCGGGCACGCACAAGGAACGCACCCUGCCCAAGAUCGCCCCCGCCGGAGGCGUCAUCAGCUUGAACGCGGCUCAGCUGCCGGCUGCGGUCAACAUCAACGGCGUGCAAGUCCAGGGCGUGCCCGUCACCAUCACCAACAGCGGAG